AUGGCCUUCAAAAGCAAAAGCGUCAAGCGUUUCAGCGUUCGCGGUUUCCUCGCAGCGAUCCUGCACCCAUUCAUGACAUCCCCGACCGACGCCCCUGGGGUGUUCACCUUGGGCGAUAGCUACAACAACGUAGGAGAUUGGCACACGCUGCUCUUGAACAACGAGCUUUCUUCGCAGUGCGAGCUCGAACGCUUGGUCUGCUGCAAAUGCACCACCAGCGUCGAACAUGAAUUCUUGCUCCUCCAUUUCCGCCAUCCGACGCAACACCACGCUGUCGCUAUCCUAGUGUUGGACAGGACAUCGCGUUCGGAUUCUACAGAGAAUAAUAAUGGCAAUGGCUCGUCGAGAUCGAUUGGCAUUGGCCAAUCAACCGUAGUCUCCCCCUCGGUAUCUGCAACCCCCGCCCACGAUUCCAUCUUCACCACCCCCAACAACGGCUCCGCAAUCGAAUCAUACCUCACUAACCGAUAUGGCCAGCACAAGUACCUUUGUCACCUCGACUUUCCCGCUUCCGCUCGUCCUUCGGCGAUGCAAGUAUCCGUGCUGUUGUGCGUGCUCCGCAAGCAUUCUCCAACUUAUCAUCUGUGGCAAUACCAGUGUUACUGGUAUGCCUACACUGUUUGGGAGGCCCUCAAGAGGCUUUUUCCUGGGUGCCGGGAGACGACACAGAGCGAGGGGCGCUCUCGCUUUUGCGGGCAGGAGGUUAGGAAGGCGGAGAGUGUUGAGGCGGUGUGUGAGCUGUAUCGCGCCGAGUGGGCGCGUUUUGAGAAUGCGGCGGAGGAGAGGAGGAGGGCGAAGGAGGAGGAGGUGCACCGGUUGAGGAUGGAAGGUUUGGUGGAGGGACGGGCUCAACGUCAAGCAGAGGUUGACGAAGAGAGGAGGCAAAAAGAGGAAGAGAGGAGGCAACGAGAGGAAGCGGAGAGGAGAGCAGACGAAGAGCGGAGGCAAAGGGAGAAAGCGGAGAGGGAGUAUGAGGCUGAACUGAACCGAAUGCGAGCAAGAAUGGCCGAGCUCGAGCGCCGUGCAGUGUGA